AUGCGCGUAGUGCUGCACGCCGGCGGCAUCGCUGCAUGCAUUUUUGUUUGGAUAUGUUGGUCAGUGGUCAAAGCAUCAACGAACCUUCUGUUCUUCAGUGUGCUCUUUGCUGACACUUCCGAUGGUUUCGCCGGCAAACCCAUGCAUAAGAACGUGCAGCUACCGCUUACAUAUUACGGGCGUCUGCUAAAACUACUUUUUGAAUGUGUGACCUGGCUGGGCCUUUUGUCUCACCUAGCGAGUAUAUGUACAGAUCCUGGCUCCACGAAGACGGCUCCAGUGCAUCAUCAAGAUGGACCAUCACUGCCCAUGGGUGAACAACUGCAUCGGCUCCAUGAAUCAGAAGUACUUCUUCCUCUUUCUUACCUAUAUGGGUGAUUGUUCAUUGAUCAGUGGACAUCGGCGUAUCCUGGAUGGUUAGCGGCCUUAUUACUUGGGGUCUGCCUACUCAUUGAUGUUGUCUUUCUUCUUGUAACUUUGGAUUUUUUAGCUGAGCAGUGGGAGGCUCUAGAAACCAAUGCCACCUUAGUGGAAACGUACAGAAACACUCACGGACAGAGGGUACACUAGAUACACUGGAGCUCAAAAGCUGGUCCGUCGACUGUGGUUUUUGAUACUCUGCAGACUACUCUGUGGGAGCAUGCCGUAGCUGUUUUCGGUCGUGAGUGGUGGUUUUGGUGGCUGCCAGUUCCUCCGAGAAUCACUCCGAAUUGGACAGGUGCAGCAUUUUCCCUUGCGUCAUCGAGUUCUAUGCACAAAUCUCUAGAUUUGGCAAUGCUUCGAGUCAUCGCAGUUUUCACAGGCGUAGUGGUCCCUGCCUGGGCAAGUGACUGGCUUUCCAGAGAAAACCAGCCACUCAAACUGCCAGUUUGGCCAGCCUCAGUUGAAAAGGCGUUGCUCUCUGAGGAGCCUACUCCCGAUGACUUCGCCGAAGAGCUCGCAAGCGGUGCACCUUCGCCGAAUGCGUUGCCAGGAUUCACCACACUUGAGAACUACCCUAAUCCCAUGAUCAACACGAAGGCAUGCGGGCGAUGGGGGAUGGACGUUUCGUAUGUCUGCGACCCAGAACGUCUGGCCCACAUCCGACACAAUUCCUCCCACCGCUGCGCUGACGAAUUUGUCUCUUACCCGAAAAACGGAGCAAAACUGUCCGCAGGGAGAGCACUUGAAGAAGAUGUUUUUGCAGUUGGGCAGGACGAGAUCGCAAAGUACCGUUGA